AGUCGGGCGCGAGCAGAGCGCAGCCGGGAGCGAGCCGCGGGGGAGGCGAGCCGGAGCCGGAGCAGCAGCUAGUGUUGGCGGAGAGCACCCGGGCGCAGCCGGAGCCGCAGCCGCAGCCGCGAUGGCCGUGGCCGUGGGGAGACCAUCUAACGAAGAGCUUCGAAACUUGUCCCUUUCUGGCCAUGUUGGAUUUGACAGUCUCCCUGACCAGCUGGUCAACAAGUCUACUUCUCAAGGAUUCUGUUUCAACAUCCUGUGUGUUGGUGAGACAGGCAUUGGCAAAUCCACGUUAAUGGACACUUUAUUCAACACCAAAUUUGAAAGUGACCCAGCUACUCACAAUGAACCAGGUGUCCGGUUAAAAGCCAGAAGUUAUGAGCUUCAGGAAAGCAAUGUACGGCUGAAGUUAACCAUCGUUGACACCGUGGGAUUUGGAGACCAGAUAAAUAAAGAUGACAGCUAUAAGCCGAUAGUGGAAUAUAUUGAUGCCCAAUUUGAGGCCUACUUGCAAGAGGAAUUGAAGAUCAAACGUUCUCUCUUCAACUACCACGACACUAGGGUCCACGCAUGCCUCUACUUCAUUGCCCCUACUGGACAUUCUCUGAAGUCCCUGGACCUGGUCACCAUGAAAAAGCUGGACAGUAAGGUGAACAUCAUUCCAAUAAUUGCAAAAGCUGACACCAUUGCCAAGAAUGAAUUGCACAAAUUCAAGAGUAAGAUCAUGAGUGAACUAGUCAGCAAUGGAGUCCAGAUAUAUCAGUUCCCCACAGAUGAAGAAACGGUGGCAGAGAUUAAUGCAACAAUGAGUGUCCAUCUCCCAUUUGCAGUGGUCGGCAGCACCGAAGAGGUGAAGAUCGGCAACAAGAUGGCAAAGGCCAGGCAGUACCCGUGGGGUGUGGUGCAGGUUGAGAAUGAAAACCAUUGUGAUUUUGUGAAACUUCGGGAGAUGCUGAUCCGCGUGAACAUGGAAGAUUUGCGAGAACAGACUCACACCCGCCAUUAUGAAUUGUAUCGGCGCUGUAAGCUCGAGGAGAUGGGGUUCAAGGACACUGACCCUGACAGCAAGCCCUUCAGUCUUCAGGAGACAUACGAAGCAAAAAGGAAUGAAUUUCUGGGAGAACUUCAGAAGAAAGAAGAAGAGAUGAGACAAAUGUUUGUUAUGAGAGUGAAAGAGAAAGAAGCUGAACUUAAAGAGGCAGAGAAGGAGCUUCACGAGAAGUUUGACCUCCUAAAGCGGACACACCAAGAAGAGAAGAAGAAAGUGGAAGACAAGAAGAAGGAGCUGGAGGAGGAAGUGAACAAUUUCCAGAAGAAGAAGGCAGCAGCUCAGUUACUACAGUCUCAGGCCCAGCAGUCUGGGGCCCAGCAAAGCAAGAAGGACAAGGAUAAGAAAAAUGCAAGCUUCACAUAAAGCCUGGCAAGCCAAGGAUGGUCCGCAUUCACCUGCUUUUGCAGUAGUAUUGUAUCUCUGUCAUUUGUGUCCUUUUAUUUUUAUUUUUUUACCCUUCCCCAGACACCAAUAACUAUUAACUCAUUUUGCUGAAUGUUGUUGGGUAGUGGAAAAUCAUAGAACAAGGGAAUAACAGCAAAUCUAUGUGCAGCUGGACUUUGUUUCUGAAAAGUAAAUGAUUUGCCUUUUAUGCCUGUUCAGAGCGGCAGCAGGAAGCAUGCCUGUGACUUGUGUGUUGCUUUGGACUGAGGGAAAGAGGGUAAAUUGCUACAUGUACGCCUGACAGGAAAAGUCCUCACCGCCUCAGCGGCUGAACUAUAAACCUGAAUAGCCUGACAACAACUUGCUUUUCUUUAUUAUGCAUCUCCAUGAUGGCAAAAGCCCUGAACUCACGCUGUCUCUUCUCCACACCUGCUCCCAACCAAGGUAGCUUUGUCCGUAGGCAGAAUGGGGGGUAAGCUUUAUAUGACUUUUACACUUGCAUGGAUUUUUCAUUAUUAUGAUAACAUUAUUUGGCCUGGGUUGCGGGUCUGUUCAGACUGACCGUCUCCUCUCUUAUGACUUUAAAAAUGUAUCUGAACCUCUGUCUCUCAAAUCCCGGCCAAGUUGGACUGUAAUAGGAAAACUAUGAUUAUGUUCACUUUUAUCCGGGCAACCUUGAUCCUCUCAGAUAGCCAUCUCAAAGGUUGGAUCAUGCAACAUUGCUUAGUAGAAGAAUCUUCUACUAAGGAUGAUGGGCUUUCCACAACCUACUUACUACUUAGAAUAAGCAGUCUUUCAUAAGCACACCUAUGCUCUCCAUGGGCUGAGCGUGAGGGCCUAAUGACUGAUUCUAGGAUAUCAGUACUUCUAAUAAUGUUUUUCAAUAAUCAUGAGGAGAAAAUUUUAAGAAAUACUUAACUAGAAAUUUUGUUAUAAACUCUGUAUCACCUGUAGCACAAAUUUGAGGGGACUUUGUCAAUUUAAGGUAGAAACGGGAAGGAACAUAACACAAACCCAUGAGUCAAGAAAGGAGAAAUUCAGCUUCACAUCCAGUGUCCUUGCAUAAUCUCCUUUCCAUAUUUGGCAGUAAAGGGAGGAAGAAAUAGAACAGUUGGUCUUUCAAAUUUAGGUGUCUUGAAGGAAUUUCCUCACAUUUCCCUCACCAUGACUUGCUCCCACCUGCUCUUCAUGUCUAAGGCCUAUCACCCCCUCAACGAGGACUAGGACUAACCCAUACGCCAGGACACAGAUUACACGCCAAUUUGUAUAGAAAAGGGCAUAUUUAAUCUCUUUUCUGUACUAUUUCUUUGUUAGCUUAUCCUUUCAUCUUCUUGAAUUUUUCCCUCUACUAACAAGAUCCCCCCGCUUUCUCUCUAACUCUGUGGUCUCCUGUUUCUUACUUAAAAGAAUAACAUUUCUCAUGAACGCAGUACUUCGCCUCUGCAUUUUCCUUCUGACCUUCACUAGUCAGACAUUAAUAGGGUAGGAGGCACUGUACCUCCCCUGACACACACACACACCUUUUUUUUUUUUUUUUUAAUUAAUAAGUCUCUAGUUAUUCCAGUAAAGAUUUAUUUUUUUCCUUCUUUUCUUCCUCAGCCAUACUCUUAGGGGAAAGGAGGAGUGAGUGGUCUUCCAUGAACUGAUUUAAGCUUACUUAGACAAAGUAAGAAAUCAAUUUCAUUGAAGCCCAUUCUAAGCUGGGAUAGAAACUGCAAACAAGAAGCAGCAGUAGUGGUAUAAAGACAGGUUUAGGAGCUACUGGACCAAUGUUUUUGUUUUUUCAAUAUUAGUCUGAAGCUAGCUAUGGAGCAGCCGAAUAUUAGAUGGCAUGCUGAUGCUAACCAUGGGCUGAAUUUGCUCAUACACUGUGCACCAGACAAAAGCUUGAAUACUUGUGUUGUCUGCUUGUUCCAACCACUGCUUGUGUGAGCAUUUUUGUGCCUUGUAAUAGAAAAUACACUUUUAAAUUCUAAAACUGCAUUGCUUUAAAAUGAUCAUUUUUAAUGCAUCACUAAAGCCUUUUUAAAGUGAGCCUAGCUGUGAAAGGCAUUCAGCUGACUUUUUGAUUCCAAGAUCAUUGAUUGAUUGGAUUGAUUUUUUUUUUUUUCUUCCCAUUAAAUUUUUCACAGCAAAAGAAAUCAUAUGGAGUCAGGGAAUAAAAAGUCAAAAGAAACAUAUAGAAGCCUUUUUUUUUCAAUGUGUUGCUUCUGAACUUUUUUCUACCCCUGCCCCCAGCACUGUUUGGUUUGUUAUUGCUGCCCUUCUCUUCUUUCUGUAUCUGUGCCUUUUUUCACAGUAGUCCUUGGCUCUGCACGGAAUAAAUGAUACCCUCAAAUCUAAUUGGAUGUGCUUUCGCCUUUGCAUGUAAGUAUGGUAGUAAGAAACCUUUGAGAUCUUUCUGACUUUUUAAAAUUAGAGAAGCAAAUGGGAUAAAUGGAUUUUUUUUUUUCUUUUUGGAGGGGCGUAGGGAGGUAAUGGUUUGAGUAGCCUUUGUUUUAAAAAAAAAAGCUAGAUAUAUUUUAAAUGGCCACCUUUAUAUCUUUUUCACAAGAAACACAUAAAUUCAACUUUUCCUUGAUAUUGAUAUGGAAGUCAGAAAUUACUAAUCCCAGUCUGUGUUCUACACAGCAUCGUGGGUAUUACAGAGGGUCCUUGGUUCUGACUAUGUAAAUAAAGCUAGAAUGAGAAACUAUUACUUUCCACUGGAGAAAAUCAAGAGGAAAAUAUUUUUUGUGCGAGGCUGCCUUUAUGACUGCUUAAUUUUUGGGUGAUCUUGGUUUAAUGGUCUCUCCCUCGUGCUAACUGCUAGCAGCAAAUCACCUCUUUUUUUUGCCAGAGAGCUCUAGCUGGCCUUUCCCCACAUCUUUUGUUCAACCAUAAUCACCAACUUCUUGCUUCUUCUCAACUUUGUAGAUACCCAUAACAGUUGUAUAUGUGGUAGGAUGUGAUGGAAAAACAUUUAUGAGAAUUUAUUGGCAAUUCAGAGACUGUGUUUUCUCAGCUUAGGCUCUUUAUUAAUUGGUCAAGGUUUUGUCCAGAAAGAGCAUCUCAACCAGGGGAACAUUUAACAUGACACUGGGCACAAGUUACUUAUUAUCUUCCUUCUCUGCUUUGUAAUCUCACCAGCAAUAACACUUACUCUUUAUAGCUUGUACACCUCAAACGAAUAGACUUGGUUUCCUCACUUCCUUGGCAUAUCCAUAAGUGUUUCACAUACAAACUUGAAUUAGGUUUUUCAGCUAUUACCAACCCAUGUCAUACUGUCUCUGUGUGGUCCUACCAAAACUGUCCAUUCAGAUCCCUUUGCUUUGCCAUUUGCAAGUGUCUGAAAUUGUCAAGUCUCAGCUUCCAGAAGUCUUGGUUCCAUUGAUAGGAUACGUAUGUGGUGACUCUUUAGUGGAAAUUAUGACCUACAAUGUCUAGAUUGUAUGUAGGUAUGAAGGGAAUUUUUUAAAUAAAUUGAAAAUGAAGCUGUGAACAGCAUUAGAACUUUGUCUAUUUCUUAAUUUUAAAAUAUGCUGAUAUGCCUUAAACUGUAGUUGUAGAUCGUUGUCAUUUUGCUGUUUGAAAAUAACCAGUGUGUUUCUAAAACUGUUAUGUAAUCUACUUUCAGUGUUAAUGCAGAAUUGUCAUAUAUGUAAGCUGCAUGUUAGACACGUGUCUUUUUUUAAAAACUAAAAUAAUUGUACUGAUGUGAAGCAUAUCAUUUUUUCAAGUAUGAAAGUAAUCACUUAGCAAAAAACCUGCUUGGUAAUCUGGUGUCUGUUAAGGUAGGAGAGUGGUGGACAGGUAAUCUAUGCAUAUAUCACUAGUGCCAAGACAUAAAGUGGGGGAAAAUAUAUUUUUACCCAAACA